UCUCUUAUUCUAUAAACAGCAGCAAGAAUGGGCAUGUCCACUUCAUUGUACUCUGGUUGGUGAUGUUGCUAUCGGAGAGGGAGUGAUGCGGUACUUUAUGACAACAAUCAUAUCCAAACUCCAGUUUGGAUUCAGUCUAGAUCUUGGAGGAAUGGGCCGAACACUGCUAUUUGAGGGUGAACCUGACCAUCUUGUUCCAGCAGCAUCAGAGGCACUUAUUGAAAGCAACCUCUUCCGGGUUGCAGGAAGGAUGUUGGGCCACACCUUUCUGCAUGAUGGUCCCCAUGUCACAGGACUAAGUCCUGCUGUAAUUCAUGUACUGUUCAAUGGGGACCCUGAAAUGGCUACUGUUGUUACAGAAGAGUGUCCUGAUCUGCACAUCAGGAGCAUCAUAGAACUGCUUGAACAUGAAGAUCUUACACCGGAACAGAAGGACACAGUUUCAGAUCUUUCCAUGUCUUGGGAUCUUCCGGCAGUCACCAAAACAAAUCGGAGAUGGCUACAUAACAAACUUCUACUCCAUGCAGUCGUUGGGAGGACCAUGCGCCAAAUUAAACAGUUGAGAAAGGGACUGAAAGAUGUGAUGGUAUGGCCCCUGCUGACAUCUAGGCCGGAUGUUGUACCACUUCUUUUCCCCAAAAUGGCUGAAAUGCAGUUCACACCCCAGAUGCUCCUAGAAAAAAUCACAUGGCCAGUUGAGGACAGUGAUGAUGAAGACUUUGACUUAGACACCACCUGCCGCAUCACUGGCUUUCUAAGGAUGUUCAUUGAAACAGCUUCAUCAGGUACCCUGGCCCAGCUGCUGACAUUCUGGGUUGGCUGGGAGAUGCUUCCUCCUGAACUGAGAGUGGAGAUUUCUGGGGAACCCUUCCUACGUCCUCCACAUGCUUUGAAACCCUAA